AUGUUUACCAUCUUCAAUAAUUCGGUGUGUGGAUCUCUAAUAAAUGACCAUGCGUCUUCGAUAAAUGGUGUAUCUACUGGAAUUCAGGGUUCACUGAAGAUAACCGAGGCUUUCUGGCUAAUACUAGGCUUCGGGUUUUUUGCUUCUUUACUAGCGGUUGGAUUCAGCGCCAUAAGGAAAUAUAUAUACAAGGACAAGAAUUCCUUGGAUGUGUCUUUUGAUGCUGGUGGGAAUGUGAACGCUGGACUGACUGCCACUACUCUGGUAUCCCAGUGGACCUGGGCAGCCACUUUGCUGCAGUCCGCAACCGUUGGUAGUAAGUACGGUAUUAGCGGCCCAUUUUGGUAUGCAGCUGGAGCUUCUAUACAAAUGUUGCUGUUUUCCAUGGUGUCUGUUCAAUUGAAGAUUCGAGCUCCUGGUGCCAAAACUUUUCUCCAAGUGAUUAAGGCCAGGUUUGGGUCAAGGACACAUAAAAUUUACUGUGCCUUCGCCCUGAUGACCAACGUCAUUGUGACAGCUAUGUUGAUGCUUGGGGGCGCUGCAGUGAUGAAGAGCCUUGUCCAUGACAUCAGCGUGGAAUACGCCACUCUUCUUGUGACCGCCGUUAUUGGGGCAUAUACUUUCAUAGGUGGACUCGGUGGUACCUUUUAUGUAUCGUACUUCAACACUGGAAUAAUCUACAUCCUCAUAAUGGUUUUCGUCAUGAAUGUGUUCAAUGAUGAAAAGAGUACAGGCUCAUUGGGAAAGGUAGAAAAAGUCUACGCCCUAGUCUCGUGUAGCAAAGGACCAGACGAUAAUUAUCAGAACAGUUUCCUCACUAUUCAGUCUAAACAAGGCCUCAUGUUUGGAAUAAUCAAUAUUGUGGGAAAUUUUGGGACAAUUUUCGUAGACCAGUCCUAUUGGCAGAGUAGUGUUGCUGCCAAGCCAAAGCAAGGUGUAAUAGGGAUUUUAGCGGGUGGUCUUUGUUGGUUUGCCAUUCCUUUUGGUCUUGCCACAACAACCUCUUUAGCUUACAUAGCCUUAAGCGCCAGCCAGAAUCAAGCUCUACUGAAUGACGCAGACGUUGAUGCAGGUUUAGUUCCGGUUAUUGUAGCCCAGAAAAUAUUGGGACGUUCUGGAGAACUUAUGAUUAUAAUUAUGAUACUGAUGGCUGUGACGUCGACAGGGUCAGCAGAAAUUAUGGCAGUAUCGUCCAUUUUAAUUUACGAUGUUUAUCAGCUUUACUUGAAGCCAUAUAGGCUGGUUACAGACGCUAAUAGCUGCAUUUUAUGUGGACGUAGUCGGGGACGUUUAGCAAACCCACGUGACAAAUGUAAAUGUGAAAGCAUGAUGUAUUGCAGUGCCUGUUCCGACGACGAUAAAGAGCGGCAGUUAUGCAAGAAGGCAAUCAAGCCGCGAUAUAAAUGCGCCACACAUGGUUCCUUCAGGGAGUACUGCGACUAUCUUGGACAACUGAAGAAUUGGUGCCUGCUGUGGAGCACACUUGCUAUUCUACCGCUCACUAUAACACUUAAUUUGCUCGGAUUGAGUCUUGGAUGGGUUUAUUUAUUCAUGGGGAUUCUGAUCGGAUCUGCUGUCGUACCAAUAGCACUCUGCAUGUGCUGGGAAAGACUAACUGGAAGUGGAAUGGUUGCCGGUGCAGUUUCUGGAACUGUAUUGGCUCUAAUCACGUGGUUAUCUGUUGCUGCAUCCAACAAAGGCGGUCUCAGUCCAGAAAAGUUUUUUGAAAAUACAGGUAAGGAAAACGCUAUGCUGGCCGGGAAUUUAAUGGGCAUUUUGUCAAGCAGCAUCAUCACACCGGUAGUCAGUAUUCUGACAUCAACGAACGGAGUACGAAAUGCUUCAGAAAUUUGGGAAAAUACCAGAGAUAUCGAUAAUCCUCUUAGUCCUUGGACGGAACGUUAUGCAAAGGAUCUGAAGUUGAGCGCAGCUCAUCAGCUGGACAAUAGACCAUCAUAUGAAGACGUGUUUUCUUCUCUCAGGUCCGCGCGUCUUUUAGCCAAUGGAUGUUCUCCAAUUCUCACAAUACUUCUAGUUUUUAUUUGGCCCAGUCUAAUGCUUUUAGAAGGUGUUCUUGAUUUAGCAGCUUUCAGAAGAUGGAUCUAUUUAGCAAUGACUUGGUCUCUGUGUGCCACAAUCUUUAUAAUUAUUGCCCCUCUUGUGUACGAAGGCAUUGACCUAAGAAACGCUGUGAAGCAAAUGAAAAAUGUUCAUCCUUCCAAUGUGCGCUCUUUGGGUGCAGCGAAAGAUAACUGUAAUGGAGUCAACAUUAAAAAGACCAACCAAGUGCAUAUUUCACCUGUGAAACAAAGUUUUUCAGAUCCAAGACUCAUUAAACAAAGCAGUAGCUGUAAUUCAAUUUUAGCAACCCAGGAAAUAUAGGAAUGUUGUCCGAGUUAUAAAGGCAAAGCCGUUCUUUGAAAAUAGGCGUUCAUUUCCGUAUCUAUCAACAAAGCUACGCAGAAUUUUUAAACUGUUACAAGAAGUAUUUUUGAGAAUAGAAAAGUCAUGUCCGUUUUGUUGGAAUUGCUGACGAUUUUAAUCUUACUGUUACAAAUAUUUGAUGAUUUU